AAUUCAAAUAUGUAAGUGUUAUAUAUGUAUAUGUAUGUAUGCAUGUAGGUAAGUACAUAUGUACAACAUUCGGUUUAAAUUUAGCAUCAAUUUAGCUUUACUUGAGUAAAUUAAAUCACAAACAAAUUAUCCAACUUGCAACCAAAAGAGAUGAGCAUAAAGCCCACUGUUAAUCUGAAUCUGGCAGAUCAGUUGAAUGUGAAGUGCAGACGAGUGAGUAACUUUUGAAAUAAUCUCAAACAUCUCGGCAGUAAGAUGAAGACUUCAUUCAAAAUAUUCCAUUUAAUUAUAUUCUCAGUAAUUAUAGCAACCGAAUCCAAAUUUUACUCGGCAUCAGUUGCACGUCAAUCGCUUAUCACGGAUUUAUUCGUUAAUUACGAUGCUGGCGCUAAACCCGCACCGGAUGGCGUUCGAAUUGAUUUGCAUGCAAAUUUAGUGUUGCAACAUUUCGACUUUCGCGAAUCGGAUGGUUCAUUUCAUUUUGUGGGUCUUUUAGAUGUGAGCUGGCAUGAUCCCAAAUUGGGCUGGAAUCCUGUUGAUUACAAUAAUCUGACUCGCAUACCAGUGAAACAAAAACUGAUUUGGGUUCCCGAUCUUGAGAUUUACAACAAUGCUCCCGACAAGUUUCUGCGCAUGCAUCAUAACGGUAUCGUCCUAUUGGAACACACUGGCAUGGUGCUCUGGAGCGAUAACAUUCAAAUUAACGUUUUUUGCACCACCGGCAUGAGCAACUGGCCACACGACAAGCACGAAUGCAAAUUAACACUCGGCUCGUGGACUUAUCAUGGUUUUGAGGUAGAUUUCAUGAAAUAUUCGAAUCCGAAUGGAACGAUGAAUUUCGAAGAGAUCGAUAUGGCAAGUAUGAUAUAUAAAGUAACCGAAUUCGGUGCAGAGCGUGUAGCGACGACAUACACAUGUUGUGCCGAACCCUACAUCAGUAUGGAGUAUCAUUUGACAUUCGAGCGACGUUGUGCCUUCGUUACAGUGUUCCGUGCAUUGAGUAUAACGGUUAUUAUUCUUUCUUUACUUGCUCUGUGCGUGGAAACUGGAAAUCGCCUUAAAAUAUGCAUUAACGGUGUUAAUUUGAUUAUCAUAACUUUUGUUUUGCUAUACUUCGCUCAUCAUGUGGGAAAAUUCGCGCGGACUACACCUUUUAUUGUUAAAUUCUUCAGCUGCAGCUUGGUUUUGGUCACACUUCAGCAAAUGCUCACUGUCUUUUCAAUAUUCGCCACACAUGCCUCUUAUCGCGGCAAACUCCAUCCUACUAUAUCGAGCUUACUCCGCAAUUCCUUUGUUUCCUAUUUGACGCCAAGGAGAAGCAUGAGAAUGACACAUCGUGAAACCGGUGACCCGAGCACUCAGUUCGAGGAUGUGACACUGCAGGAGUUCAGCAAUUUAAUAUCCGCCGAUGAAACUCCCUAUGAGUGGAUGCAGCUAGCCAGCUUUUUCGAGAGUUUCGCAUUGAUAUUAUUCAGUGUAAUCUAUUUCAUUUUGGCUACUGUAUGUUUUGUUUGAGAAAUUUCGGUAUAGUACAUACAUAUGCCCAUCCUAAGCUAAAACUUGCUUUCUUGUAACUCUAAUACGCAUUAAAUAUGUUGCAUAGAUUUUUUUUGGAUCAUAAUAAGUACUUAACAAUAGUAUAUAUUCCAUGCGCUAUGCGGAUGUCGUCUCUCGUAUCGUUUGGGCGGGUGGAGGGUAUUCGUUGGGCUUAUUAUUAUUAUUACGUGUAACUUAAUAUCUGACAUCUU